GCUGCAGAGCGCGUGCCUGUGUAGAUCUGUAGUUUUUGUAGCGGAUUGUCACAUCUAGGCGGCGACACGGAGUCCCUUUUAUCUAAAAACAACAACAUUUCACCUUCUCUUUCUUUUAGUCAAAAUGCUUGAGCACGUUUGAGUGACCAUGGAGUGCGUUUGCCGUCAUGUAGUUGAGUCUUAAUACGUCGAGAAUAUUGGGAGAAGGAAACUUUUGAAGGAAUCCAAGGAGCUACAGUUGAAAACAUGGCUGUUCGCGAGGAAGGAGAGGUUUUGCACAGUAAAAUCAGGCACCACGAUGGGGUUGCCAAUGCAAACAGCACAGAGAGCUUCAGGAACGGCUAUGUGAAGAGCUGCGUCACCCCUUUAAAACAAGACCAUCAAAGGGGAUUUUUGUUUAACAUCUGUAGGUUUUGCAAUGAGGACAUUCUGAAUUCAAAAAUAUUUCGAAUUUCUGGCCUAUACCUGGGUGCAUUCGCAAUUUUUGCAGUUUCAUUGCUUAUUUCCAGGAGCUUACAAAGUGACUUCAGCUUUUGGGAUUUGCGGACUUUUCUGUCGGGCUUCUCUCAGUCCAUCAGCCCUCUCUUUAGCAUAGGCUGUGCAUUCUUCUUUUUGACCUUUUAUUUAAGGAGGAAAAAGAGGGAAAGUAAUACAUGUUGGCUUGUGUCACUGCCAGCAUCAUGUUACUUAGGGGAUUUUUUAGUUUUGCGGUUUUUGCAGUGGGGAGAGGACCAACACCAGAUGCAAAUGAUUGGCAGGUUGUUAUUCGUGUUGGGGUGUGUGGGUCUCCUAACACUGAUCCCCACUUUGAAACUCAAACACAGUGUUCUGAUCCUGGUGUUUGCCAGUGUUGUGUGGUUGGUGUCUUUCACCAGUCUGAGCUGUCUGCCUGCACUCAUGAGACCCGUGUUUGCGUGUUUGGCGGGUGUCUCAGGCUCGCUCUUGUCCCUCUGUUUUGACCAUUAUUACCCGUCGAGGGAAACGCCGAAUAGGAUCUCCAGCAACGAGGAGAAAGUCCCUGUGAUCAGACCCAGGAGAAGAUCCAGUUGCGUUUCUUUGGGGGAAACGUCGACCAGCUAUUAUGGCAGCUGUAAAAUGCCUCGCAGACCUUCGUUACCGUGCAUAUCCAGAGAACAGAUGAUCCUAUGGGACUGGGACCUGAAGCAGUGGUACAAGCCCCAGUAUCAGGGAGCGGUAAGUGGUAACGGAGUGGACCUGUCGGUCAUCAACGAGGCCAGGAACAUGGUGUCUGACCUGCUGAUGGACUCGUCCCUGUCGCCACACACCGUCUCGUCCCUGCGCAGCGUCAGCAGCCUCAUGGGGACCUUCUCUGGCUCCUGUCGGCCCAGGGUCAACCCCUUCACUCCCUUCCCAGGUUUCUACCCCUGUCCCGAGGUGGAGGACCCUGCAGAGAGGGGCGACAGGAAGCCCCUGAAGGGUCUUAGCAGCAGGAACAGCCUACCAACCCCCCAGCUCCGCCGUGGCUCUACCUCCUCCCCUCUCCCCCCUCUGGAGUCUGCCUCCUCCCGCUGGGAACGCAACAACGGCAAGAGACCGGGACCCCACCCUGACCUCAAUAUGACCAGCACGGGGUCUCUGUCCAAUGGGCCAAAUGCAAACCUGUUGACCAUCCCUAAGCAGAGGUCCUCCUCUGUGACCCUGACCUACCAUGCCGGGCCCAGGAGAGCAGGUGCGUCCCCCAGUCUGAGUCCUGUCAGCUCCCCCAGCCACAGUCCUCAAGGGGGAGGUCUCUCCUCCCAGGUUACGCGCCCUCCGGUGGAAUUUCCCGACACAGCUGACUUCCUCACCAUGCCCAGCGUCAACCUGCACAAGCCCCUGGGCUACAUCCUCAGCUCCGCUGACUUCCAGGGGCCCUAUCGCAGCCCCGCUGCCCUGUGCACCAGCUGUGGUCGUCAGAUGCUGAAGAACAUGCCCAGUAUGGAGGCGGGGGAGGGACACCUGCCAUUCACUGGUCAUGCUGAGGCCCAGCGCAGACGCUCAGCAGGUGAGGGGUCAGAGUUCAUGGGGGAGGCACUGAUCAGGGAGGAGAGUGUGGAGGCCGAGUCGAUGGGGGACAGGAGUCCAGACGCAGGGAGCCGGGGCCAGACAGACAAGGAGGAGCAGAGCGCCACCACAGAGCAGCAGACUCAGGAAACAGAGGGUGAGUUCAGACUAGACCCCCUGCUGGAGAACCACGAUGACCUCAUGGAGAAGAUCAACAGCUGGAACUUCCAGAUCUUUGACCUGAUGGACAGAACAGGAGGGAAGACAGGAAGAAUACUCAGCUACGUGACCUACACUCUGUUCCAGGACACUUGUCUGUUUGAGAUGUUUAAGAUCCCUGUGAGGGAGUUCAUGUCCUAUUUCUGUGCUCUGGAGAACGGCUAUAGGGAUAUUCCCUAUCAUAACCGGGUCCAUGCCACUGAUGUUCUCCAUGCUGUCUGGUACCUGACUACCCGGCCUGUUCCAGGAUUCCAGCAGAUCCACAAUGAGCAUGUGACAGGAAGUGACACAGAUUCAGACAGUGGGAUCUCGCCGGGCCGGGUAUCAUACGCCUCCUCCAAGAGCUCGUCCAUCUCUGACGACAACUACGGCUGCCUGGCGUGGAACAUCCCUGCUCUGGAACUCAUGGCACUAUAUGUAGCAGCUGCCAUGCAUGACUAUGACCACCCCGGUCGCACAAACGCCUUCCUCGUAGCCACUAACGCAGCUCAGGCGGUGUUGUAUAAUGACCGUUCGGUCCUGGAGAACCACCACGCUGCUUCGGCCUGGAGCCUCUACCUGUCCCAGCCAGAGUUCAACUUCCUGGCCAACUUGGACCACGUGGAGUUCAAACGCUUUCGCUUCCUGGUCAUCGAGGCCAUCCUCGCCACAGACCUGAAGAAGCACUUUGACUUCCUCGCCGAGUUCAAUUCAAAGGUGAAUGAUGUGAACAGUCCAGGAAUCGACUGGACUAAUGAGAAUGACCGGCUGCUGGUGUGCCAAGUCUGCAUUAAGCUGGCAGACAUCAACGGGCCGGCCAAAGGACGCGAUCUGCACCUCAAGUGGACAGAAGGCAUUGUCAAUGAGUUUUAUGAGCAGGGGGAUGAGGAAGCCACUUUGGGAUUACCCAUCAGCCCCUUCAUGGACCGCUCCUCUCCCCAGCUGGCCAAGCUGCAGGAGUCCUUCAUCACACACAUCGUGGGUCCGCUCUGCAACUCGUACGACGCCGCUGGCCUGCUCCCUGGCUACUGGAUCGACGAGGAGCGCUCUGAGGAUGAGGAAGAGCAGGUGGAGGACACAGAGACUGACGAAGACGAGCUGGAGGAGGAGCUCGAACCAAAAAGGAGAAACGGCCGGCGUCGGCUGUUCUGCAACAUCAUGCAGCACCUGACAGAGAACCACAAGGUGUGGAAGAAGACCAUCGAGGAGGAGGAGAAGAGCAACGAGAAGCAGCAGGCCGACAGUCUGCCUCUCAGCCUGUCCCCUUCGCCCUCCGACGACCAGAUCCAGGUCAUUCAGGAGGAGGAGGAAGGAGAGGAGCGCCAGUAGCAUGAGAAAGAUGAAGAAGAGGACGAGGAGGGACAGAUCCAGGUCAUUCAGGAGGAGGAAGGAGAGGAGUGCCAGUAGCAUGAGGAAGAUGAAGAUGAAGAAGAGGAAGAGGAGGGACAGAUCCAGGUCAUUCGGGAGGAGGAGGAAGGAGAGGAGCGCCAGUAGCAUGAGGAAGAUGAAGAAGAGGAAGAGGAGGGACAGAGCCAGGAUGCUCGGAAAGGGCAGAACAGUGAAAGAGAAAGUCCUUCAACUCCUCCCUCUUACACACACACACACACACACACACACAAACAUUUAUAUACACACACACACACACACACACACACACACACACACACAACACAUACAUACACACACAUAUUAUAGAUAUAUACACAAACAUACACACACAGGAUGACCCUGCUGGAUCUCCACACGUUGAAAUUGUCACUGUGCCGACACGCUAAUGCAGUCAUGUUGUUUUGAAAAAAGGCCUUACUACUGUGAGGGGAUUCUUGCUGCAAUGGUGGGAACCCCACUCCUAUGCACUUUCACCCCAUGGAGAGUAGACCAAGAACAAACACCAGAGCUGAGGACACUGGUGUGGAGAGGAAGAGAGGAAAAGGGUCUGGAUGUGCCCUCCAUGGUGAUCUGGCUGUAAUGCUGCCUUGAACGCAGAGCACUUAACUCUCCCUAAGGUACUAAAACAAAUCCUAUGAUUUCAAAUAAAGGAAAAGAAAAAACACCUUGACGUGGUUGACAUCCGUUACCAAAGCGAACAGUUCAAAUGUGGAAAGACAAGAGACUGAGACUGUUUCAGGCUCACUGUCAGGAAUAUUCUAGAUCUAUAUAUCAAAUGUGCCUGUCUGAACCUUUACUGAGUCCCCUGGUCCAGACCCUAGGUUUGUCUGUGCAGUCCUCUCCCCUUGCUGGCGACACACUGUAUCACUGACUCAGUCACAGAGACGUUGUGGAAAUGAGCAUUAUACCUGCAUCGUUUUUGAUGCCUUUUAUUCAAGUGUACCACCUGCCUUUUAUUCAAGUGUACCACCUGCCUUUUAUGUUUCCUUCUUUUUGUGUUGGUUUAAUUAAGUUGGUGUGAGCGUGUGAGCGUGUGAGCGUGUGUGUGUGUGUGUGUGUGUGUGUGUGUGUGUGUGUGUGUGUGUGUGUGUGUGUGUGUGUGUGUGUGUGUGUGUGUGUGUGUGUGUGUGUGUGUGUGUGUGUGUGUGUGUGUGUGUGUGUGUGUGUGUGUGUGUGUGUGUUUUCUUCAGGAACGCUUGGUCGCCAGUCAUUGAAAUGUUAUCAGAGAUGAGAUGUUCUCUGUUGUUCCAAUGAAGGGAUGGUUUUUUUUCUUUUGAUUUAUAUCUAUUUUUUCACGGUUACUCAGGAUUCUCGUGAAGUUGAAUAAUUAUUUUGCAAGAAUUUAAGUAAUUGACUUUAAAACAAAGAUAAUUAAAUCUCGGUGAUUGAAAUAGUUUUUAAGCUUUGUAAGAACAACUUGAAAAACAAACACAUUCAAGCAAUUGAACUGCUCCUCUGUGAUAGAGCAAAGUAUGUCCUGUGUUUCUGUCAACCUCCGCUGCCCCGCUGGCAGCGCCGUUGGCUUGAUCUUCUGAAGACCUCACUGUAGAAUUGGGAUCCUUGAUUGUCAGUUGACUGCAAAAGACCUGUUUGCAGCAAGGCAACAUUUUGUACAGUAAAAUCCCAUGAUUAUUCAUGUACCAGUAUAGGUAAAGGUGUUUUUGAGUGCAUUGCUGUUGGCAUUGUUUUUACACAUACUUUGUCUAGCUAACCUCUUCAUUUCAUUUGUCAUUCUACAGACACUGAUGUUUUGACAAAAACUAUAGAUCUUUGCCAAACCCACAACCAGGCCAGUGUGUAAAGGGGGUUAAGUAAUCCAGGGUUUCACCUUCACUUUGGUUUUGUUUUUUAUAUUGUCUUAUUCUCUGUACCAUAAGACAGUUUAAUACUAAUAGUUCUAUAUUUCUGUCUGUAAAAACUCUAGGCAUUCCACUAGAAAGAGUUUAAUGAAAGAGAUGGCAGACCUGCAAGCCGAACUCACUUAUCACCCUAUCAAGUCAUUUUCUCUGGAGAAGGAAGUUCUCAAGUAGGCAGUGUAAUUCAAGCUAGUAUAUUUAAAGACAAAAAAUAUAUAUAAAUGUGCACAUUUUACUACCAAACAAGUGUUUAGCCUCUGCACAAAAAAUAAUAUCUGCAUAUAAAUAUGGUGUAUAAAUAUAUAUUAUAUUUUUUAAUUAAUCAACAGAACGCAUCUGUUUUCUACACACAGCUGACAUAUAUUGUACAGUGAGACCCUGUAAUUCUCAUCCUGUUUCCAGAGUUUUUAUCUGAUACUACAGAUGUUGAACUGUGGGGUUUGGUGUUUUUCUUUUGGGUUCAGCGUCUCCCUGCUCCUUAUCACAACCACUUUCUCUCUUAACUCUGUUGUCUACUCAGUCCACCCAUCCACCCAACCAGUGCCAAACUGUCCCUGCUCACUGCCCACUGCCCAGCCUCUGGGCUCUCAUACACUGGGCUUGUUAUGGUUGGCCCCAGAGGUCUCGCUGAGCUCCAUGUCCCACAGCAGGCUCAAAGUGAUGCUGGUGAAGCCCAGCCCAGGUGUUGUGGAGGAGAGCUCACGACUCCUAACCGUGGCCCUUCAGUCCGUUCGGGUUGAGCGACACUGUGUCUCUUACUUAAGUUCUGAUGGUGAAUUGUGAUGCCUCUACAACCUCCAGCCACCUCCCCCCACAUUGUAUGGCUCAUUAUGUUGUAAAGGUUUGUUUGUUGGCUUGUCACUGUGCAGUCUCACGAACCACAGUGUCCUCUAAUGUUCUUGUCAUAAAAGUGUCUAUGAAUGGCUGUUACCCUUAUGUAGCAUUGAGAUAUUGUAUGUCUGUUGUAACUGUUCAACCAUAUCAAAAUUGUGGGGGAAAUGAUUUUUGUUAUUUAUAGCUGUCAUAAAACACCAUCCCUAAAA